CAGGAGUCUGUGACGUGGAUAAAAUGAAAGAUAGUCCACACGGAGCUUAUGCAGUAUCAGAUACUGGAGGAUUUACUAUCAAUACAACGAAAUUAACAAGUCCAAAGAUUAAAAUUUCCAUUAAUGGACCAAAAAGUGCCAAAGGUCUUUUAAUAUAUGUUCAAAAUGAUAGCGGAGAAC